CAUAUUUGGCUUCUAUUACCCAUUUACAUGCUGGAGAGCGGAGAGGGAGCGAGCGCUGUACCGCAGACAUCAUUUCUACUACAGUGGUGGAGACAUCCCGGACCUGUGUCACUGCAGGGGGAAGGAAAAAAGCCAAACAAACAAAAAGCAGACCCAAGCCCCGUGAUCAGCUAGGAAGACAUUUGUGUGCGAGUCUCUCUCUGAGCCCCCCACCCCCGCCAACCCCACCUCCACUGACACUUUACAUCACAUCACAGGCCAAGCCAGAUGGGCAAGCAAUACAAGCUGUGAAUUUAUUCUUGACCCUGUAGGACAGUGACCACCGUCAUUUUUUUCUUCACCGUACAGUUAUGCACUGCCAAUAAGUGAAAAGGUCAAGAAAAGCAGUAGCUCAGUGGCUGAAUUUUUCUGAAAUGCUUUACAGCAGGGAAAGUGGGGAAACCUCUUAAAGUGGUGUCUUAUUCAAUCCUGGAGCACAGGGAAAGAGUUUUAAUACAAAAUACCAGAAAACAAAGUCUGCAACAUCUCCUGUAAGAGGGGAGACAAAAGGAGAGUAACAAUUGCAUCUUGAAACACUCUUGAUUUGAGCUCUACCUUACUUUAUUUGAAAGAGGAAAGCCAGUGAGGACCUGUGAUCAAUCCAGCAGCUUCUGAAAAAUCUUCAUGCUAAAGGAUAAUCCAGAAUUCCCUGAAGAAGAACAAAGUGAAUGUUAAUCCAGAGGAGCUGUCGGAGGAUCGUGCUCACAGGGAGAUGAUUCCUCAUGAAGUCACUGGAUCCCCUGCAGAAAUCAAAUGUGACUUUCCGUUUAUCAGACUGAAAUCAGAGCCAGCCAGACAGUGAAGCAAGCACAGUGGAGGGGGGACGGCGAAAGAUGAAAUCCAACCAAGAGCGGAGCAAUGAAUGCCUGCCACCUAAGAAGCGAGAAAUCCCUGCCACCAGCCUGCCUUCGGAGGUGAAGCCGGUCCUGCCAAAUGAAAACCACCGUGCAGAUAACCUGGCAUGGCUCCCCAGCACACCCAGUGGCCAGGGCUGCCUGGGGGGCCGGCACCGGCCCGGGGGCACCUCCUCGGUGGAGGCAGGCUUGCAGCAGGGUUUGCACAAGUCGCUGUCUGCAGGGAUGGACUAUUCCCCGCCGAGUGCGCCCAGGUCCGUUCCAGCCUCUACCACUCUUCCCACGGUGUACUCGCCCGCCCUCUCCCAGUCAGGGACCCCCGUUUCCCCCGUGCAGUACACUCACCUGCAGCACACCUUCCAGUUCGUCGGGCCCCAGUACAGUGGAUCGUACACCGGAUUCAUCCCCUCACAGCUGAUUUCCCCAACAGCCAACUCUGCGACCGGUGCCGUGGCAGCAGCCACAGCCGUUGCAACCACUCCAUCCCAGCGCUCCCAGCUGGAGGCUUAUUCCACUUUGCUGGCCAGCAUGAGCGGCUUAAGCCAGCAGGGGCACAAAGUUGAGCCGCACCUGGUCAGGACGCCUGGACUGAUCGCUGCUGGGUCUCCUCCACCCACCCAGCAGAACCAGUACGUCCACAUUUCCAGCUCUUCCCAGAGCACUGUCAGAAAUGUCUCUCCUCCAACCAUCCCAGUCCCCCUGCACCCACAUCAGACAGUGAUCCCGCACACCCUCACCCUUGGCCCUUCCUCCCAAGUGGUGGUGCAGUACACUGACUCGGGGGGCCACUUUGUCACCAGGGAUCCCCCCAAGAAACCCGAGAGCAGUCGGCUGCAGGCGAUGCAGGCCAAGGAGGUACUGAAUGGCGAGAUAGAGAAGAGCCGGAGGUACGGCAUUUCGCCUUCUGCCGACAUGGGUCUAGUCAAAGCAGGCAAUAAACCAGCUCCCCAUCAUUAUGAGACCAGGCACGUGGUGGUCCACUCGAACCCUGCCGAGUACGGCAUGCGGGAUUCCUCAGGUGUCCGAGCCUCUGUCAUGGUGGUCCCCAACAGCAGCACGCCCACGGCAGACAUGGAGGUGCAGCAGGCCGCCAACCGUGAGACCUCUCCUUCAGCCCUAAACGACAAGGGAAGUUUGCACUUAGGAAAGCCAACCCACCGGUCCUAUGCCUUGUCUCCGCAGCAGGCUCUGGGCCAUGAGGGGGUGAAGGCGGUAGCCACGCUGUCCCCUCACACCGUCAUUCAGACCACCCACAGCGCCUCCGAGCAACUCCCUGUGGGGCUGCCGGCAACAGCUUUCUACACUGGGACCCAGCCGCCGGUGAUCGGCUACCUGAGCGGCCAGCAGCAAGCCAUCGGCUACCCCAGCAGCCUGCCGCAGCACCUGGUGAUCCCGGGCACCCAGUCCCUGCUGAUACCGGUCGGCAGCGCGGACGUCGAGCCGUCGGGAGUCACGCCUGCGAUCGUCACGUCGUCUCCUCAGUUUGCAGCAGUGCCUCACACGUUCGUCACCACCGCCGUCCCUAAGAGCGAGAACUUCAGUGCAGAGCCCCUCACCACCCAGCCUGCCUACCAGGCCACCAUGGUGCAGGCGCAGAUCCACCUGCCCGUGGUGCAGUCCAUUGCCUCCCCUGCCGCCGCGCCCCCCACGCUGCCCCCUUACUUCAUGAAGGGGUCGAUCAUCCAGCUGGCCAACGGGGAGCUGAAGAAAGUAGAGGACUUGAAAACAGAAGACUUCAUACAGAGCGCGGAAAUUAGCAAUGACCUGAAAAUAGACUCCAGCACUGUGGAGAGGAUCGAAGACAGCCAUAGCCCAGGCAUCGCCGUCAUACAGUUUGCAGUGGGGGAGCAUCGAGCGCAGGUCAGCGUGGAAGUCUUGGUAGAAUACCCUUUUUUUGUAUUUGGACAAGGCUGGUCAUCCUGCUGCCCUGAAAGAACCAACCAGCUCUUUGAUUUGCCAUGCUCCAAACUCUCAGUGGGGGACGUCUGCAUAUCGCUCACACUCAAGAACCUGAAGAACGGCUCUAUUAAAAAGGGCCAGCCCAUGGACUCAGCUAGUAUCUUGCUGAAGCAUUCAAAGAAUGACAGUCUAGCUGGAAGUAGACACAGGUAUGCGGAGCAGGAAAAUGGGAUUAAUCAGGGAAGCGCACAGAUGUUAGCUGAGAAUGGUGAACUGAAGUUUCCGGACAAAAUAGGAUUGCCUGCAGCACCUUUGCUCACCAAAACAGAACCCAGCAAGCCCCCAGCAACAAGGAAGAGGAGGUGGUCAGCCCCCGAAACACGAAAACUAGAGAAAUCAGAAGAGGAGCCACCUUUGACUCUUCCCAAGCCUUCUUUUAUUCCUCAGGAGGUUAAGAUUUGCAUUGAAGGUCGAUCCAAUGUAGGAAAGUAAAAGUUGUUUGGGGAAAGGAAAUUAGGCUAUCCCUUGUCAUUUUUAUCCAGAUUACUGUACUGUAGACUAAAUAACCCAGUAUUUACAUGUUAUCAUCUUAUUUUAGGUUUAUGUUAUAACCUUGUUGUUAUAGUUGCAGCUGGUAUUAUGCAGGAGACUGGUGCAUAUGUUUUUCCACAAGUGUUUGUCAGUGACUAGGUUUAUUGAGAGCUACAGAAGGGGCAGUAUCUGCUUCACACACCCUUAGUGGAAAUGAAUGUGUUGUCAUGGCUCCUGUUUUCUAUCACCUCGUGUAGGACAGGGUCCAGCUGUGAUUUUGUUUCCUUUUCGUCGCUGUUUUUUUUUUGUGUUUGUUUUGUUGUUCUGGUUCCUGUUCUAGUUUUUUGGGGGGAAGGUGAGGAGAAGGGAACUGUAGCAGAGGUGUAUGUCAAACAUGGGGUGCAUGUGCGUGUGUGUGUGUGGAUGUGUGCCAGCCCCCAGGGUGGGACGGCUGCUCUCUGGCGGGCUGGUAAAUUAGGCUUCCUCACCCCAGGUGGAUGCUGAGGACACAGCCCUUUGGUGUGUUACUGAAAAGGAUCAGACAGUCUCUGAUGUUUUCAACAACAAGCCAACUCUUACUCAA